GCAUUAACAAACAUCUGUUUCAUACAAGUUGGAAGCUAAAGUCGCAUAUUUACGAUAGGAAAAGUAAGUUCCUUGGCCGCAACAAUGAAUCAGGACUUUGACUCUCCUAUGGAUAUGGAUGCCGAUACGGCUAAGAAACUUUUUAACCAUGGAGCCGUUUUAAUUAUUACUGGAGUUCCUAGGAAAACUGAAUUUGGCAUAGAUUUGUGCUCGUACACCAUUGCAGAAAAUUUUCGAGGAGUAAAGAUGAUACCCCCGGGGCCACAUCAUGUUUGGUGUGCUGCCACAGGACCCUACGGUGAUACUGCUCCUAGGGUUGGCUUUGCACAUUUCUUUCACGAACAGGAAAUAUUGGUUAAGGAGUGGGAUGCCGACAAUGAAGAGCUAAGAGAUCGCCAGACUAAGGACCCCGAAUUAGAAAAGCUACGAAUACGGGAAAAUAUAAAAUCAUUGGACAGUUAUUUGGCAGCAUAUGAUUUCCGUUACUGGAACGAGUGGCGCAAGUUGACAGACACUGUGUCACAUCAAACGCUGGAAAGAUGUCAGCCUUCCUUGGGAAUCAUUCGCACCAAUGUAGAACUACAAUCUUGUCCGGACUCUGAACGACCUCGAGGACCCCUAAAUGGAGCCCAACCUGCACUGGCAGCUAAACUUUUGAAUAAUGAAAACGAUUUGCUGCCACAGUUAAAACCGGUUGAAGGUACAGCUCCGCGCUUUAGCGUAGUACCCGACAGGGUUCCCAAAGACUGUACCCCAACUGAGAUAUCUCGUCAUUCAAUCGAUUGCAUUGAAGCCUGUAAUGAAUUGUUGAAGAGUUUUGCACAACCGCAGGAUCUAAUUGAAGAAGUACAGCUUUCUUUUACGUUUUUCCUCGUCGGAUAUUCAAUUGAAUCUUUGGAACAUUGGCGAAGGGUGUUGUCCAUUCUAUCGCACUCUGAGGAUGCUGUUGCCAAGUACAGGAUUUUAUUUAUGAAGUAUGCUGAGGUUUUGGUCCAUCAGUUGCCACGUCUGCCUGAGGAACUAAUGGAGCCAAGCGAACGCAACACUGUUUUCAAAGAUAUACGAUCGUUGUUGGUCAAUCUCAGUGUAAGCGGCCUACAUAAGAGUGCCGAGCUUUUAACCAAAAAGCUUAAGUCCAGUAUGAAUUGGUCUUUUGAAGGCCUACUGGACGAGGAUCCGGAAAAUAUGCCUGUGGUGGUGAAUGACAGCAACUAAGACGAAAUGACUCUUACGAAAGAAACAAAAGAAAACGUCGGAUUUCUAAAUCGUUGCACCCAGAAGCCAUUUUUUUUUGGCAGGAGAAAGGAUAAUCUAUAACAGUGAUGUGCACAUCAGACAAAGAUUUGAACAAGAAUGCCCUUAUAAGGUGAGGUCAUGCAAACAG